GUGGUUGCUUUUGCCUCGCUUUUCUUCAUCCUGGUCUCCAUCACAACCUUCUGCCUGGAGACGCACGAGGCCUUCAACAUCGAUGUCAAUGUGACGGAGACCCUCGUGGUUGGCAACACCACGACGAUCCUGCUGACGCAUAAAGUGGAGACGGAGCCCAUCCUCACCUACAUCGAAGGGGUCUGCGUCCUGUGGUUCACCCUUGAGUUCCUGGUUCGUAUCAUCUGCUGUCCAGAUAAGCUUCUCUUCGUUAAAAACCUGCUCAACAUCAUUGACUUUGUGGCCAUCUUGCCUUUCUACCUGGAGGUAGGUCUCAGUGGCCUGUCCUCCAAAGCUGCCCGAGAUGUACUGGGCUUCCUACGGGUGGUACGUUUUGUCCGGAUCCUCCGGAUCUUCAAGCUGACACGGCACUUUGUGGGUCUCCGGGUGCUGGGCCACACGCUCCGGGCCAGCACCAACGAAUUCCUGCUCCUCAUUAUCUUCCUUGCCUUGGGGGUCUUGAUUUUCGCCACUAUGAUCUACUACGCCGAGCGGAUCGGAGCCAAGACAUCCGACCCCCGUGGAAGCGACCACACUCACUUUAAGAACAUCCCCAUUGGGUUCUGGUGGGCUGUGGUCACAAUGACGACCCUGGGCUACGGCGACAUGUACCCCAAGACCUGGUCGGGCAUGGUGGUGGGGGCUCUCUGUGCGUUGGCCGGGGUGCUCACCAUCGCCAUGCCCGUGCCUGUCAUUGUCAAUAACUUUGGGAUGUACUAUUCGUUGGCCAUGGCCAAGCAGAAGCUGCCAAAGAAGAAGAAAAAGCAUAUACCCCGUCCGGCCCCGCUGGACUCCCCUACCUACUGCAAAUCCGACGAAAACUCCCCCCGUAACAGCACCCAGAGCGACACUUGCCCCUUGGCAGUAGAGGAAGGGGCGGCUGAGCGGAAACGGUCAGACUCUAAGCAGAACGGCGAGGCCAACGUGGUGCUGUCAGACGAGGAGCAGCCGCUGUCGCCGACCGAUGAGGAGAAGCGGCCCAUGCGGCGCUCCAGCACCCGGGAUAAGAACAAGAAAUCCUCCACGUGCUUCCUGCUGGCCACGGGUGACUUCUCCUGUGCAGCGGAUGGAGGCAUCCAGAAAGACACCUGCCAAGACGUCCUCUCUUCCAGUUACCCCCAGGGUGAGGUGGUCACCUUCUCCUGA